AUGGCACCAAUCCGAGUUGGCCUUAUCGGCCUCUCAACCGCAAAAGCUUUCACCGGACGCGGUUGCUGGACCGCAGUUUCUCAUCUCCCGGCUCUUCUUCAAUCGCCAGACUAUGAGAUUGUCGCCCUUGCAAAUUCCUCCGUCGAAUCUGCAAAGCGUUCCAUUGCAGCACAAGGACUUCCAGAGUCGACAAAGGCAUAUGGAAGUGCUGAUGAGCUCGCCGACGACCCCGAUGUCGAUCUGAUUAUCGUGUCAGUCAAGGUGGAGAGCCACUAUGAGCUUGUCAAACCAGCCCUCCUCAAGAACAAAAAUGUCUUUGUAGAGUGGCCCAUGGCCGCGAACACGGCCGAGGUUGAAGAAUUGGCUGCACUUGCAAAGAAGAACAAUGUUCAGACGUUUGUCGGAGCUCAAGGCAGAGCAUCUCCGGUGAUGCAGAAGUUGAAAGAAUUGAUUGCGAGCAAUAAGAUUGGCCGAGUCAUUAGUUCUUCGGUGGUUGCGUGCUCUUUGAACCGCUCUGUGGACGUUUGGCCUGAAAGCUUGAAGUCUUACCUUGAUAUAGAGAGUGGUGGAAAUGAGUUCACUAUAGUCUUUGGUCAUUUCCUCGAUUCAUUUGUCAAUGUGCUGGGCGAUCUUUCGCACAUCCAAGCGAUCUUUAAAACGGGAUAUAAGACUGUCCGACUUACCAGGCCUGGUAGCAAUGCCGUUGAUCCCGCAAAAGAUAAAACGUCUACCAACAAGGAGGCAGUAGCUUCCAUAGCCGUCCAAUCUACGGGAGCUGGUAACGACAUUGUUGAUUCUGCAUACGUCAAAACGUCGCCCGACCAAAUCCUAGUGCAAGGAGUUACCAGCAGUGGGGCGGUAGCUUCCAUAGCUUUCCGAAAACCAAGGCAUCACAGCGAUGAACACGACCUACGAUGGUAUAUUUCCGGCACUGAGGGAGAAAUCAUGGUCACUGGCCCCGCAACAUGGUCAAUAGCUGACAAGGACGUGGAAAUCCGAAUCAGGAACGGAGAUGGGCCAUAUGAGGUGGUUGAUUGCCAGAGCUAUCGACUUCCUGCCGCUGAGACACUUUCGCCGAUGGCGGCGAAUACACACUCAAUGUAUGAUGCAUUCGCCAAGGGAGAUACAGCCAGGUUCGCAACGUUUGAGUCGGCAGCGAAUACUCAUAGGAUCUUGGAGGAGAUAAAGAAGGCUGCAUAUAUACAUGCAGACUAA